AUGACUCGCGUCAAGCCCGGUCAGAGGAAGCGUGCCAAGGCCCCCAAGGUCAGGACGGGAUGCCAAACAUGCAAAUGCGACGGCUACGCCGCCCAGGCCGCGUCCCCGUCGAGCCGGGCGAUGCCGCUGUCGUCGUGCCCUCUGCCGCCGCCGUCCCAGGACGAGCUCCGAGCCGGUCAGAUGUUCCGCGAGCGAACGCUGGCCCAUGUCUCCGAGUUCUUCGUCGAGGAGCUGUGGACGACGAGGAUCCUCCGCAUCGCCCACGCAGAGCCCGGCAUCUGGCACGCCCUCAUCUCCCUGUCGUCGUACCACGAGCUCUUUCUCAAUCCCGUCGACCCGGGCGGCGGCCAGGGAGCCGUGGACAGGCACAACCUGGGCAUAUACGCCCUGCACCACCACAACAUGGCCAUCAAGGCCGCUCUCGACAUCCAGCGGACCCCGAAACACCCCCUCUCCCACCUCCUUUCGUGCGUCGUCUUCGUCACCAUCGAGAUGAUCCGGGGCGAAAUUAUUGCCGCCAUACGCCUCCUCAAGCAUGGCCACAGAGUCCUCCACGAGUACCGCUCGCAGCGGACAGGCGGCCAGGUGCUCAUGGGCUCCGAGGACGGCCUCAUUGUGAGUUUGGUCGAGGCCUUCUUCGCCAAGCUCACCCACCACGCCACCUGUGUGGCUCAUCUGACGGGCGUGACAAUCUAUUAA